AUGUCUCCUAAAGCGCCCGCUCCUUUCUCUGAGCCACUUCUCCCCCAGCUCGAUAUCCCGACCAACCCAUACUAUACUGAGAAGCACCAUCGUCUCAGGGCAUUCGUUCGCCAGUAUGUAGAUACUGAACUCGCCCCUUACGCCCAAGAUUGGGAGAUUGCCGGCCAAGUACCAGAAAGUGUUCGUCUGCGCCAUUGUCAAUUGGGAUUCUCAAUCGUGCAUCCCGUGGUAGACCCAGCAGAUGCUGGUGGCGUUCAACAACCUGCCGGAAUCCCUUACGAAGAAUGGGAUACAUGGUGCAGCGUCAUAGUCGGUGACGAGCUCAGCCGUCUUGGUUGGUGCGGUCCCAUUUGGGGUUUAGGAGGAGGAAAUGGUAUUGGCUGCCCUCCUAUCAGCACGUUCGGCACCAAAGAACAGAGACAGAAAUGGUUGCCCAAGGUCGCGAGGGGAGAGCUGAGGUUCUGUCUGGGUAUCACCGAACCGGAUGGAGGGAGCGACGUCGCGAAUAUCAAGACCACUGCAGAGCGAAGAGGAGGAAAAUACGUGGUCAAUGGCAGUAAGAAGUGGAUCACUAAUGGGAUCUGGUGUGACUACUGUACGGCUGCUGUGAGGACAGGAGGACCGGGUCAUGGGGGUAUCAGCUUGUUAGUGGUGCCUUUGAAGGUAAAAGGCGUCACAACAAGGAGAAUAGAAAAUCAGGGAGUUCAUGCAAGCGGAUCGACUUUCAUCACCUUUGAAGACGUCGAGGUGCCAGUAGAGAAUCUCAUUGGACGGGAAAACCACGGAUUCCAGCUUAUAAUGUCGAAUUUCAAUCCAGAACGAUUGUCUCUGGCUACUGCUGCUCUCCGAUUGGCGAGAGUCUGUGCUCAAGACGCAUACACGUAUGCCUGCGAACGGGAAACAUUUGGAAAACCACUGAUUGAGCAUUCCGCCAUCAAGACCAAGAUCGCCUCCUUUGGCCUUUUGAUUGAACCUGCUCACGCUUUCCUGGAACAACUGUGCUAUAUCAUUGAAACCUCCCGGGUUACGGGUAAGGAAGUCAAUGUCGGAGGAAUGACGGCUUUGCUUAAGGUUAUGAGCACAAGAUGUCUUGAACGUGUCUGUCGCGAAGCUCAACAAAUCAUGGGCGGAGCAGGAUAUUCAAAGACCGGACGAGGAGCCCGAAUCGAGCAGAUUAGUCGAGAUGUGCGUGUUCAUGUUGUAGGUGGCGGUAGUGAGGAGAUCAUGCUUGAUCUUGCUGUUCGUCAAGAGGCCAGAGAUGUCAAGUUGAGAGCUAGCAAGCAUGCGUCCUCAAAGCUGUAG